GUAAACGAAUUUAUUUAAAGAUAUGUAACAGGUUUUUCCCUUUUUAACGUAAAUUCCAUAAUAUUUUUGUUUAUAAAAGAACGAUACUUAUGUGAUAUUGUCUUAAAUUAAAAACUUACUGAUUGAAAGGUCAAACUUUUUCUGAAUUUAAUCACUGUUCCUACCGUGGAUAUACUCGAAAAAAAUAGCAUCAAAAUAUCUAUAUAACCAAAGUAAAUAAUUUAAUAGUCUGUCUUCAUUAUAUUCCAAUAUGAAAGCUGUACUAUUACUAUUAAGUAUUUUUUUAUUCAUAAAUGAUUCAAAAUUGGAAGAAACUUCGAAACCAGUAGUCACUACACCUUUAGGAAAAAUAAAGGGUACUUUAAUUACUUCACGUCUUGGAAAAACUAUAUUUUCUUUUAGAGGUAUACGCUAUGCCAAAGCUCCAAUUGGCGAUUUGAGAUUUCAGCCUCCAGUUCCUGUAGAAAAAUGGGACGGCGUUUAUGACGCAACAAAAGAUGGUCCGUCAUGUCCUCAACCGACAACUGAUCCAAUUUCAGAAGAUUGUUUGAUAUUAAAUGUUUAUUCUACCAAGCUACCAAAUUCAAAAAAUAAUCCUAAGCGACCAGUAAUAGUGCACAUACAUCCUGGAGGUUUCUACAGUUCAACUUCGGUUAGUUUUUGGGCGGGUCCUCAAUAUUUCAUGGAUCAAGACAUCGUUCUCGUCACUUUCAAUUAUCGAAUAGGAAGUUUGGGAUUCAUAAGUACCGGAGAUGAAGUAGCGCCAGGAAAUAAUGGAUUGAAAGAUCAAGUGGUAGUACUGAAAUGGGUACAACAAAAUAUUGCAUCGUUUGGUGGCGAUCCGGAUUCGGUUACAAUACUUGGAUACAGCGCUGGUGCUUGGAGUGUAACUCUACAUAUGGUAUCACCGAUGUCAGAAGGAUUAUUUCACAAAGGUGUCUCUAUGAGUGGGACUGUAUUUGGUGCUUGGCCGAUUCCCGAUCAUGGCCAACUAGAACUUGCCAAAAAGCAAGCUAGAUUCGUGGGCUGUCCCGAAAAUACCACUUCAGCAGAUAUUAUUAAAUGUUUGAAGACUGUAUCGUAUCAAGAUCUAGCAAAUUCACUCGUACAGUUCAGGGAAUUCGGUUAUGAUCCAGUUUUAGUAUGGUCUCCAGUAGUCGAACCGAACUGUGAACAACAAAGAUUCCUUACAGAUAAUCCUACAAAACUUAUAGUCACCGGAAAAUUCAAACAUAUACCGUUUAUCACAGGACGUACCACAGACGAAUUCAAUUAUUUUGCUCUAAAUGUACUUGACAAUGACACCCUCACUCAAGAGAUGAAUAACGAUUUCGAUAGAAUCGCUCCUAUAUCAUUUCUGUACGAAAGAAACACCGAUUUUUCAAAAUACGUUAGUAAGAAUCUCAGAAAAUUCUAUUUCCAAGAUAAAAAAAUCGUUAAAAGUCAAGAACAAGCUCUUAAAGACUUGUAUGAAGAUUCGAUAGUUGGUUUUCAAGCUCAUAGGGCUGCCAAAUUAAUUGCCCAAUAUAACACAAAACCAGUUUAUUAUUACAGAUUCAGUUAUAGGGGAAGUUACAGCCAUCUUUAUCUACCAGGAACCAACGAUACAGUACCAUAUGGUGUGGUUCAUCACGACGAUUUAAUUUAUUUGUUUUACAUUUCCAAACUGUUCCCGAAAUUUAAGGAAAAUUCACCUAAAGAAGUAGAAAUGGUGGAAAAACUUACGUUAUUGUACGCAAACUUUGCAAAAACCGGCAAUCCGACUCCGGAAUCAUCAACCGCAUUGAACAAGAUAAAAUGGCAGCCUUAUACUCCACAAGAUAGAAAAUAUUUAGAUAUUGGUGAAAAAUUGGUGAUGAAGGAAAAUCUUCUAGAGAAUAGAUUCCAAGAAUGGGAUCGUCUGUAUCCAAUUAAUAUCUAAUUAUUUAUGACGUUGUUACUGAUAUAUUAAUUAAAUUUUGAUUGAAAUAAAAGUGUUUAAUUGAU